AUGCUCUCCAAGGCUAUUCUUCCCGUUCUCGGUGCCCUCGUCGGCACCAUUGCCGCCAACCCCAUCCAGCGUGCCGUCGCCGAGGCCGCCGCCAACGCACCCCAGAUUGUCUUUACCCCCGCGUCUCCCCAUGACGACGAGGGCAAGAAGAGCCACCUCGAGCACGACGACCUGACUCUCCUCCAAGAGGAUAGCUUCUACUGGACUCAUGAGGGCCAAGAGCUCCUCGCCAACAUGACGGUCACGGCCAAGCCCGCCUACCGUCUUCUCAACGAGCACAACUUUGCCGACCUCGUCAGCGCCGUCGACUGCUCCCACGCCGGCCAGAUCCAGGUGCAGUUCAGCGACCCCGCGACCGUCGCCGCGGCCCAGUCCGCGUGGAGCUGGGUCGGCGAGAGCGCCGCGCACACGCUCAUCUACGUCGCCGACGCGCCGGGCUGCGGCGGCCCGUACGGCCGGCAGCCGUACCACGUCGGCGGCGUCACGUACGACGCGGCCGGCGGCACGGCGCGCUUUGCGGUGCACGGCGCGGGCCGGUGGGCCGACUUUGUGGAAGACGCCACGGUCAACAUUGGCGGCGCCGUCUCGCCGCACAAGCUCAGCCGGCGGCUCAGCUACUCCAAAAAGGCCAAGAUCAGCCUCGAGCACGUCUUCAGCAAGCACUUUUACGACGCCGACAUUGGCCCCGCGCACCUCUCCGUCGACUGCUCCGACUGCGGCAGCCACGGCAGCCUGGAGACGGACAUUUCCGUCUCGACAAAGGACGGCUUCUCGGCGUCGGCUGUCACGGCCGACGGCGUCAACGUGCGCCUCGCCGUCGCCGUCACCGCCUCGGCGGCCAUUUCCACCUCGCACCUGUCGCAGAGCAUCGAGGUGGCGCGGUUCCCGCUCGCCGAGUUCAAGAUUGCCGACGUCGUCACCAUCACGCCCGAGAUUACGCUGCAGAUUGUCAUUGCCGUGUCGGAUAUCAGCGGCAGCAUCACGAGCGUCGUCGGCGCCGAGCUCGACUUUGCCGACGGCCAGUCGAUUGCGAUUGGCAAGGGCGCCACGGGCCUCGAUGCCCAGUUUAAGCGCAUCGGACCGACCAUCUCGGGCAAGGUCGACGCCACGUCGCGCAUCAACCCGCUGCUGACGCUUGAUCUCUCCGGCAAGAUUCUUGGAAAGCACGUCACGGGCGGUCUGGGUCUCGCUGCGCCGUACCUGGCCUUUGCGAUUGGGGCUGACGUGCAUGAGCCCAGCGCCUGCUCCAACACCAACUCUGUGCACUUUUCCGUCGACGUUGGUGUUGAGCUUGAUUCGUUCUAUGGAUUCGGCAAGCCUGGUGAUGAGCCUCACAAGAAGGCCAUCUACCAGAAGGAUCAUCCGCUCCUCAAGGAGUGUAUCGCUUGGUAG